CUGCAUAGAGACGAAGCAGCUGGCUUGCUUUAAUUCAAUAAGGCAUUCAGGAAGCGAAAAGCAAAAGCAAAUAGAAAAAAAAAAGAAUCAGAUGACAUAGAAGUCAAAAGACAAUGCACUGAAAGCAAAUCAAUGGAAAUUGUAGGCAAACCCUACCCUUUCAGUGAUUCCUGGUUCUUCCACUUCCCCUGAUGUAUGGCUGGUGAAAUAUAGCAGGAUGGAUCCAGAUUAUGCAGCGUUUGAAAGUGCCCUAUGUAAUGAAUUUAAAGAUUUCUUCAAAAAGGUCAGUGAUGCAUACAAGGAAAUGAAAGAAGACUUGACACCAUACAGAGAUGAUCGCUACUACAGGUUGGCUCCAAUGCGAUUAUACACACUCUCAAAACGCUAUUUUGUGUUGGUUUUUGUGGUAUUUUUCAUCUGUUUUGGAUUAACCGUUUUCAUUGGCAUUGCUGGCCCAAAUGUUAUUGACGCAAAACCGUAUCGAUCUGAAACAUCCAAUGUUUCUAAGGUUGGCCAUUAUUCUCUGGAAUCCCCAAUCUUGUCUACGUAUAACCAGCAGCUAUGGCUAACGUGCAGAAUAGAGCUAGAUAAAUCUGAUGACUCCAGCAUCCAAAGCAACUUAACGAUACUUGUGAACAUUCAGGGUAUAGCUGAAGAUGCAACUGUGUCUUAUGUCGACAAGAAAGAACACAGCCAUAACAGGAUAAUUAGCUGUGCACAGAAAUGUGACGAAAUUAUAGCGGUACAUCUAGGCUACUUGAACUAUACACGCUACAAACUUUCUGUCCGGUUUGAAAAUUUAAAUCAGUUGAGAUACACUAUUACAGCCGUUACAUUUACUUGGAAAACCUAUAACCCUACCUUUUCGCAAGUGGUGGAGAUCUGGUUUCGUUUUGUGUUUGUGGUGCUCACAUUCAUGGUGACGUGUCUAUUUGCACAUUCCCUUCGUAAGUUCUCCAUGAGAGACUGGGGUAUAGAACAGAAGUGGAUGUCGGUCCUUUUGCCCCUGCUUUUGCUCUAUAAUGAUCCAUUCUUCCCUCUCACAUUCCUGGUUAAUAGCUGGUUUCCUGGCAUGCUCGAUGACCUGUUUCAGUCACUCUUCCUAUGUGCACUUUUGCUAUUUUGGCUUUGCGUCUAUCACGGCAUUCGGGUGCAGGGGGAGAGAAAGUGCAUGACUUUCUAUCUGCCAAAACUGUUAAUAGUUGGACUUCUCUGGCUUGCUUCUGUGACUCUAGGCAUAUGGCAAACAGUUAAUGAAUUACGUGAUCCAACUUACCAGUACAGAGUAGAUGCUGGCAAUUUCCAAGGAAUGAAAAUUUUCUUCCUUGUGGUAGCAACAAUGUACAUCCUCUAUCUUUUGUUUCUUGUUAUAAGAGCGUGCACCGAACUACGAAAUAUGCCAUAUAUUGAUCUGCGUCUAAAGUUUCUUACAGCUUUAACUUUCCUAGUGCUUGUUAUCAGCAUCGUCAUUUUAUAUCUAAGAUUCGGUUCACAAGUUUUACAGGACAAUUUUGUUGCAGAGCUGUCUACACAUUAUCAAAAUUCAGCAGAGUUCUUGUCAUUCUAUGGCUUGCUGAAUUUUUAUCUUUACACUUUAGCAUUUGUCUACUCACCAUCAAAAAAUGCUCUGUAUGAAUCACAGUUGAAAGAUAAUCCUGCCUUUUCGAUGCUAAAUGACUCGGAUGAUGAUGUAAUAUACGGGAGUGACUACGAGGAGAUGCCUCUUCAAAAUGGACAAGCCAUAAGAGCUAAAUAUAAAGAUGAAUCGGAUAGUGACUGAGUGGAUUGGGAACAUCUUGGCGGAGUGCCUUCAGGUGCAGGAGGAAAUAUUCUGAAGGAUGGACAGUUUAUUUUCAUUACAACUUUGUUGUUAUGGAUUGCUGCUCUUUCUGCAGAGGAUUUUUAUGUUGUUUUAUUGUGUUAUUUUUCUGAUGACCAAAUCCUAAUGACACAGGGGAGCCUUGAGUACCGAUGUCAGUCCUGUUUUGUAGUGUAUACAUUGAAGCUACCAACCACCGUGUUCUAAUUAUUACUUCCAAAAGCACAGCGAGCUCUGUCAAUAUUUUUUUAUUUAGGAAGUUGCUGGAGUAGCAUGACUCUUAAUGGGAACAAGUCCUCUGCAAGCGUGAAUGUGAUGUCUGUAUGUUUUAUUGGAUCAGAUUCUUUAGGAGAUUGUAUUUAAUGAAUUUUGCUGCACAGUUUCUUUUUAAAUGUUGGUGUAAAGUCCUUUCUUCCAUUGUUCCUAUAUUAAAGUGUAUGAAAUACGGUUUACAUGAA